AUGACUUUUGCGCAAAAUGUCUACAAGGCUUUCUAUGAGAAAGGCUUCAGGACAUGGCAUGCCCUAAAGGUGCAAGCCUGCCUACAUCGCAGCGUCCCGCUACAUUGCCUCGACAUCCAUCAUCUCUUUCCUCAACAUCCAUACUUUCCAUUUGGGCUGGAGCCCGAUGAAACCGGGCUGGCAACCGCCAUCACUACCUGGAAGCCGAUCAGCGAGAGCUGCCAUGUGCCAGCGUUCGAGCAGCAGUUCCAAUUGAGUUUAUCCGUUGCCAGACCCACCACUUUAGUGGUCACCAGAGCCACAGACAUUAGGCUGCCGCCGUUACUCGAUGACGGGGAAAACCACCUGGCGGUACUGGUAGCCGCCUGGGCUUACGCAUUGUCUGCCCGAUGGGCGGCGGUCAUCUCUCGAGCAGCGCCCCUCGAAUAUCUGGACAGUCAGGCUGCGUGGCAAGACUCGACGAGCCCGUCGUCAGCUGCGACUGUAGAGCUGGGUCUUGUUAGCGACGAUGCUGCCCGGUGGUGGGCAGCGGUUCUCGCCCCAGGCCAAGGUUGGAGAGCCUCGAUUCCUCACCACCGUGGCCACCUCUUGUCGCCGUGGACAGUGACGUGGAAGUCCGAAGUCGACGUUGUUCUGUCCCGUUGCUCCGCGAGUACCGCCCUCGAUUCACAUUCGCCCCCCAGUUUUGAGGCUGCCGUUCAGUACAUUGAAGAGUAUUCCGCUCUUCACUCGGCGCGCCUGCAGAACCGGGCCGCCCUGGCAACAGCACUCCUACUCCCUCUGGCCAAGCUGGAGAACCGAAGAAUCAUGCUGCCCCUACCGAGAAUGGGCCCUGGCAGCCAGCCGGGGGUGUCGGGACCGCAAUCUGUCGGGCAAGAAUACUUGCCGCAACUAGACAGACUGCUCAUGCUGAGUUGCAAUAUGCGAGGCAUACAGUCCAUAUUGGGAAGCGUCUUUUACGAACCCGGAAUCCCGUCCAAUGUUUGCGGGGCAUGGCUGCAGGGCACUUUUGCCGUUUUGAAAUCGGAGCAGGCGCGGAAAAUUGACGUGCUGGCUCGCAUGAUUUUCAAAAGAAGUCCACACAUCAGCUUCCUCUGGCUUGGGGCUCUUAUCUCGGGCGUACACAAGAACUUUACGAAUUGUCCGUUUGCGCUCAUCGGCUUGAAUAGAAUUGAUCUCCACGAGGCAGCUUGGACGGGAACGCUCCUGUCGUUCAUCCAGGAGCCCGUCUCUUUCACUCCCGGCAACCCAGGCCGCAUCACCCGCGCCGACGAGUGCAGACUUGCAUACCUUGGCCAGGGCCUGUCCGAGAGCAAGCUACCCCCCAUAUUUCCGUACCCGCCUCCAGGCACGACAGCGGUGGAGGACUUGAGCCUCGAUGUCCGGCUUCAUGCCGCCUGUUCGGGACACCACUGGCUCCGGUGUUCGAAAAUCAAAUGGACUUGUGCCGGAGGCAGGGUGGUGACCCAGGAACAGAGCGGCACGGGUGGCGCACUCCAACCAAGGAACUCAUCGGGCAGCGGCUCGAGGUGUGGCGGCGACGUAUCUGUUGGUGUGGAUUACAGCCAAUUCGAUAGCGAGUCAAACCUUUCGGGCUCGGUCACACGCAAUAUCUUUAUGUGGAUGCGAGAGCAAGACGGGUUCCCGGUCGCAGAACGAGGCAUAUACCAGCACGAGUGGUUUGAGGACUUCUCCGACGAUGAUAGCGUUUGGUGCGUCGAGGGCGACGCAAAGUCGACAACGGGCCGUGAUGUGGCUGUCAGGGUAGGUUUGUGGGCGUCUAGGGUUAUGACCAAGCGAUGCAACUCUCUGUAA